AAACGAGGAUGCCAUUAUACACUGUACUAACCAUAAAAAAUUGUCAAUAUGCGAAGCCCCAUGUAGGUAAAACUAUUUGGCAAACAGCUAUUUUUAUGAGACAUCCAAUUUAACUGUAUAAAACUUGUUUCAAGUAACUUUAACUGAGAUGAUAUAAAAGAACCUUAAAGUAAGAGGCUUCUAAUGCAUAAACAAGAUGGUGUGGGGGAAUAGACCACCAGAGAGACCCGAAGGAUUGUCUUCUCUACCCAGAGAAGACCCAAACAGGAGACACAGAGGCAUGGCAUCAUCUAAUACAGCAACUCAUAAUGUUCAAUCAUUUCCAAGAGGAUAUGACAGAUCUAUGGCAAUGCCGCUCAGAGAUCAACAAUCUCAAAAGACACGUAAAUUAGAUCCAACCACGAAAGAGAAAUAUUUCGACAAGUGGACAAACUUCAGAAUGAAGAUGAACAAAGGUUUGAUUGAAAUGAUCAACAACCCGAGACUGAAGAAACGGAUUGAUAAAGGUGCAGUGCCAUUUUUUCGUGCUGAUAAAAAUAUGUGUCAUUUUGUCCUGGAUCAAGCCACCGAGGAGUACCUCGAGGGAAGAAAGUUGAAGCCCACUUUAAUGGCAGAGACAUUUGUAGAGUUUGGUAUCCCCAGGGCACAACUGGCUCCAAGUGAGUCACAAAUGGGAUCAGAUAUGAACAACAACAGCCAGGUUGGAAUAGCAAAGCAACACACGAGAAUGAAACAAACAAAACAACUGGAAAGGAAAUACUGGAAUGAGACUGACGAUGAUCCAACUCCAAUACCGAAACCCAGAAAGAAAAAGAAACACAAAGAUUAUGUAGAUGGUGGGAAAAUGGAUGGGUAUAGAUAUAAUAAUGAGGUGCUAUCCCCAGUGACUGCAUCAGGUAUCCCUAGAGAUGCUCAACUCUAUGUUAAUACAUCAAGUGAAGCUCCAACCACCUUGGGAGAAAGAGAUCGAUUACUUUACAAUAUCACGCCAAACGUAGUACCAUUCGCUAGAGUUCAACAACCUCUGUAUGUUAACAUACCACAGAAUUCCUUUCCCUCGAGAAAUCAAAUUGCCUAUGUAAAUACCCCACCCAUAAUUCAGCCUUCAAACCCCUCAGAUAACUUUGUCCCUCCUGGAAAAUCUAAUUAUCUGCCACAUCGCUAUCUUCCUAACUCCAAACCUGAAAUAGACAAUGAUGAUGACACGGUGACGGCCAUUUCAACCGAACCUGAUUUUGAAGAAUUAUCACAAUUCCGAGCACAUGGUCAUAACAAGCGUGCUCCACCUCCCCCACCACCCGUACCUCCACAUCGAACCCCUAUGCCAACGUACGUGAACCAGAUGGAUAUCUCAUCAGAGUUCUCUAGUACUUCAAGACCAUUAAGCAGAUACACAGGAGAUAGUAUUGGAGGCUCAAUGUUUGGACGUCAGGACAAAACUCUAACAGGUAAACUCAGCGCUGUCAAAUGGUCAAAUAAGGACUCCAAUGCAGCUCCAUCACGCAACAGGAAAACAAGCUUGAGAUCAUAUAAUACACAUGCAACUUGGAAAACAAAUGGUACAUUUAUUGCUAAAAGACAUCCAGAGGAUGCUGGUAUAGAUGAGAUGACUUUUGGAAUUGGGGAAUAUGUUAUAGAUAAUGCUAGCAAUGGACAAAAUAGUAUAAUGAUAAUGGAUGGAGUUAAUGGUGAGAAUAGAAGUACUUUUGAGAGUGAAUUACUUUACUAAAGGGAGACUGAUUUCUAUAAUAUGAUGUACAAUAUCAAUAUAUGAUUUUUUGUAACUAUGUAUUCAGGGGCUUUGUCAAGAUCUUAAAGUAGGCGAGGCAAAUUCAAUUAGAUGAGGAGAGACUAAAUAUUGCCUCACACCAACUACCUCACAGCUUGCCUUUUGUAUUGCUUAUAAUGCAAUGGACCUGCAAAAUAGACUGGAAACUCCAACAAUUUAACAACUGGGUCAGUGAU